UUAAAAAGCUCCUUAGGUACAGGAAAGUAGAUAUUGGAACUGCCUUUGCAUUGUAGAACCGAAAAAAUGUUUCCUUCUCAUAUGUCUGUGAAUGAUCUGGGUGUAUUUGCAGUGGUGAUGGUUUUUGGUUUGUUGAUUGUUCUUUUGUUCAUGUUUGACUUCAGGGGUACAUCAAAAGGCCCAUCAAUUCCAGGAGAGGAACCAUCAGACCCAGAGAUGGGUAAUCUGGGUGAUAUGGGAAAAGCAGGCAGCCUUCACCAGUACAUGAUGUUAUUACAUGAGAAGUAUGGUCCUAUAGCAGGAUUCUGGUGGGCCAAACAAUACGUUGUUAGUUUAGCAGCUCCAGAGUACUGGAAAGAAAUAAAGUCAAUCUUUGAUAGACCUGGGGAUCUUUUCAGGCUGUUUGAACCGCUCAUUGGCAAGAAAAGUAUCCAGUAUGCCAAUGGUCCAGAAGGAAGGAAGAGAAGACAGUUGAUGGACAGAAGUUUUAGUCAUGAAGCUGUCAAGGACUACUAUGAUCACUUUGUCAAGAUUGCCAAAGAGACAGCUGACAAGUUUGCUAAGGGUGGUUCUCAAGAACAUAUUCCUUUGGGGAAAAGUAUGAUUGCCAUGGCAAUCAAAGCCAUCUCUGUUGCAGGAAUGGGCCGUUCAUUUAUGGAUGAAAAGGAAGUUGACAAGUUAGCCGCAGUAUAUGAUGUGUGCUGGGAGGAGAUGGAGGAACGUCUCACAUCACCUCCUCCUGGUCCAGACAGUGACAGAGAGAAAAACUUUCAAAAAGCCCGAGCUGAGAUGCAGAAACUUGUCAGAGACCUCAUUAGAAAGAGGCGUCAGGACACAGAAAAAGCUGAAAAGUUAUUCAUUGACUCCAUGUUGGAUAAUGACUUCAUGGAUGAAGAGGAGAUUUGUGACCAUGUUAUAACCUUUCUUAUCGGAGGAUUCCAUACCACAGGAAACAUGAUGAUUUGGUGUUUGUACUUCCUGACCAAACAUCCAGAGAUCCAAGAAAAAGUUUUUGCUGAACUGGAAGAAGUUCUGGGACAGGAGGACAUCAAACCUCAAGUAGUGACAGAACUGACGUACACUCGUCAAGUAAUAGAUGAGACACUUCGUGCUUCAGUACUCGCUCCAUGGGGAGCCAGAGUCCACGAGUAUGACCUCCAAGUCGGAGAAUUUGUUAUUCCAAAAGAGACCCCCAUUCUUCUUCCGUUUGGAGUUGUAUUACAAGACCAGAAUUUGUGGCCAGAGCCGAAAAGGUUUGAUCCAGAUCGCUUCAGUUCAGAGAACAUCAAACAGCUUCCAAGCCUUGCUUACCAGCCGUUUGGAUUCGCUGGAAAACGCAAGUGUCCCGGAUGGCGGUUCUCGAUCGCGGAGGGACUGGUGUUCUUGUCUGUUCUCAUAAGACGCUUUAAGUUCCAUCUUGUUGAAGGACAGGAAGUGAAACCUGUUUAUCGCCUUGUGACGUCACCAGCUGAGGAGGUCUGGGUCACAGUGACUGAGAGAUGAAUCAUUGGUUCAAAUGUUUUCUAAAAGCUGACUCUUGUAGCUCGAUGAUUCGUUGCAGUAUAUAUUUUUAGCAGCGAUUGGUCGCCUACUAUGUUCGAGCCUCUAACUUGAGGGUUUGUUAACUUGAGCGUAAACGAUUUUUCGUGCCGUCGAAGAAAAAAUGGGUGGCGAGACUAUGAUGCACCAAACUCCUGCAAAACACUUACUAUACAGGCUAAACAUUGGAAUGAAAUAUAAUAGAUUAAUAAUAAUAUUGAUGAUAAUAAUAAUAAUAAUAAUGAUGAUGAUGGUAAUAAUAAUAAUUAUAAUAAUAUAAGUAAUAGUUAUAGUAAUGUAGAUGACGUUGUUGCUGAUGAUGAUGAUGAUAGUAACAUAACAUAACAUAUUAUUGUAGUAAUAAUAAUAAAAAUAUUUCAAGAAGCCCAUUCGCCAAAGAGGUUUUGAGUGGGACCUUCACAAAAAAAAAAGAUAAGAAAGAUGAAGGCUUAGUUGGUAAAUUUAAAGUUAAAGGAGCUAUUUUCGCGUAAAACUAACUGCACGUGGAUCGAAAUUUAAAUAAUUUCCUUGAGAUUUUAAUGACGAAUAACGAAGCAAAUCAAUAAAUUUUAGAGGCGCAUAUAUGUGAAUUUUACUAAAAAACUUGGAAGGUCAACUUGUUGGGAAGAAGAGUUCCAAAGCGAGUAAAUAUGACAGCGAUGAUAAAGGGGCAAUGAACUUAUGCAGUUGGUAUCAUGUCACAAAGAGAUGAAAUAAAAAAAUUUUGUGCCAUGCGAAACGUUAAAUAUAAUGGCCUUGGCUAUAGUCUUGACGAUAAAGAUUUUUGUUAAGGGUUUUUGAUGGCUGUGUCCUGAGGAAUUCUUGUAUUUUACAGCCGAACCUGUAUUAAACAGCUUAACUAGUGCAUGUCGCUUUUGAGAAUCGCAUUU